CAGUAAGGUACGUGACACAGCUGUCAUUAAAGGGGUCAUAUGACACGGCUGAAACGAAUAUUAUGGUUUGUUUUAGAUGUAAUGCAAUGUGUAUACACGAUUUAAGGUUCAAAAACGCUAUUUUCCACAUAUCGUGCAUGUUUGUAUUUCCUUUUUGCCCCGCCUCUCUGAAACGUGCAGAUUUUUUACAAAGCUCAUCGCUCUGAAAAGCGAGGUGUGCUAUGAUUGGCCAGUUAACCAGUGCGUAGUGAUUGGUGGAAUACUGCAAUCGUGUGAUGGAAAUGUAACGCCUCUUACCAUAUUUGGAACAUCAGGUUCCAAAGCAAUUGUACUGACAGGUACGCCCACCUUACUUGCGGUCUUAGUCAACUCAUCACCACGAACUGACGUAGAUUUGUUAAUUGUUGCAAUUUUACGUGUCUAAUACAUGCGUGGCCAAUUUAUAACACACCAAAGACACAGAAAAACACGUAUUCGCGCCAUAUGACCCCUUUAAAUAAUGUUACAUUGAGUGAGACAAGGUACUCAUCCUGUUUUUGGAAACGUUGGAACGGAAGCUUAUGUUUAAAUGGGUCUGUUGUAUUUUUAAUCGUUUUCUGUUUCUUGUACUGUCUUGAUAUGGACCUAAGAGUCUGAAAUAAAGCAUGAAUUGAAUUGAAUAAUUCUAAUUCAGUAUAUUGUUUACUGUGUCUGAUUUUUUAUCUUUAUAUGUUUUUGCUUUGCUUUCUUAAAGAGCUAGUUUAACCAAAAUGCAUAUGACUUAUAGGAAUUAGGAAAAGUACCCCCACACAAUUCUUAAAACUAAAACUCACUGCUUUAUUCUUGCAAACAAACAUCAGUGCUCUUUAUAAAGCAACUCUUUGUUAAGAUGUAAUCAUUUCUUUUAUUUACUGCAGAAUUUUUGUGAUGUAGUAUUGUCUACCUGUGGUUUAUGGAUAGUUAAACCAUUACAUGCUGCCUCAGCUGCUGUUAAGUGUUCUUGUUCUCUAACAUAUGUUAGUCCAGAUGCUACACUCUCUGCUGCUGGUCAUUAGGGCCUCUAUUGCCCUGCGUCCGACUCUUAUUUAACCCAUGCUGUACACACACACACACUUGCUUUUUUGCCACCUCCCAUUUAUAUACUUUCAAAUACUGUUUACCUGGCAAGAUGGCACAUAAGUUUGCACAAUGCAUAUGUUUCCCAAUGUUUUGACUCAAUUUAUGCAUUUCUACAAGAGUAAUUUCAAGCAUAUGCCUUCGGGUGAAAAGAUAAACACUGCAAUAACAAAUAGCAAAAAUUCUAUUGAUGUGCGGAAACCUUUGACAUCAAACCUUUUCUGUUAUAUUAACCUAUUAAGCAACAUUUUAUUGCUAUCAGAUAUUGUUGUAUAUUAUAUUGUUGAUUUGAAAAGAAAAAUACUUUGACCUUAAUUGUAUAUAUAAGGUCUAAGACACCAUGCACAGGUAGGAUAACAUAAUUAGCAUUGCUUGUCUUUUUAAUGGGUUUUUAUAAAGGGGCUCAUUCAAAAGUCAAAACAGCGUAAGAUGCGAUUUCACGCCUUUUUAGGUUUACCCUUAAGUGCCCACCCUGUACGAGAUAAGCUCUGUAGUCUCGGACUGUUUGCAUGCGUGUCUCUGUUCAUGUGUGUGUGUGUGUUGGGGACACUUGAGCGUCCCCCGGCAGACGCGGCGUUAUAGCGGCCGCCGCUUUGCGCCUGUUUCCGUUCGACUCUCCGGUUGCCGGGCGCCAAGACAAACUCAUGCUCUGUUUAACCAGAACACAAUUACAGACGUGCGCGUAAAUAUUUGCUCGGAAAACAGACUCACCUGAAGCGAUGGGUAUAAAUGACCGAACCGAUAAAUGCCCAUAACGCGGAACGGAGAGCACAAAUUCAGAAGCAACAUCCAUACGCAUGGCAGCAAGCGUGAUCAGACCGCUGAGUCAUUUUGCUUUAGCGAGACCUCUGCAGGCUUGCUUCCUUUCUGUGGAGGAUGAGAAGGAGACUGAGGAAGAGUAUGAAGAGGAGCUGAGGCAGGAGGUCGAAGAUAGUUUGGAAGAUGACGAGGAUGUAGUCUCCAUUGUGUCUCAUGAAGAAGAGCCAUGGAGUUUUGACCCCACCCCCCAUGACUCUGAGAUGACCAAUCAGCUGCUGCGCUUCGCCGAGCUCAUCAGCAAUGAUGUCCAACGCUACUUUGGCCGGAGCCAAGACCCUGAUACCUGUGACAUUUAUGCAGAGACACCGUGUUCUAAAGUUGGGGGCCGUCAGCGCUACUAUGCUGACUUCAUUAAAGUUGCAUCAUCAGGGCAGGGGGAGGAGCCUGAGCCACUAGGGCCCCUUGCAGAGCUCUUUCAAGAUGCUCAAAGCAAGGGGCGUGGUCUACCCAUGAGCCAACGUCGCCUGCCAAUCAGCUUCUGGACAGAGCCUCUCUCACACCAGUUGUUUAGUGAUACAAACACGCAGGAGAACUCAUUCGGUAUGGCCAACACUUCAGAGAGCUCCAUUAACAUCAAUUCUUCAUUGAGCAUGUACAAUAAUACUAAUGUUUGCACCAUGACCAGCUCUUGUAUUCCAGGGACUCUCAGUAGCUCAAGCACCCCAGAUUUUAGUGAUUUACUUGCUCACUGGGCCAUUGAUAAAGAUACCAAUGAAUUCAACUGUGACCUCCAGCUGUUAUAAUAGAAAUUUUAACAUAAACAGUCCCAUGCACUCCAAAGUAUAUUGUUCAUUAGAAUCUUGUUGUCUGAUAACCACAAUAAUCAUUAAAGAUUGUACAAGCAAACUAUUAUUAGAAGCAAAACUGUUUUUUAUUCCCAUCACUGUUUUGUGAGAAUGUAUAAUAAAUAUUAAAUGUAUUUUGUCGCAUCCACUGGUGGAUGCUUUCACUUGUUUUAGCAAUAUAUCUCAAUGUUUAUCUUUUAUUUUUUUAUUUCUUGCUUCAGGUUGUUGCUUUGUGUUCUGGAUACAAAAAUGUUAAUAUCUUUUAUUUUAGAGAAAAGACAUUUAGUGUUCUUGUCCAACCAUAUUUUGUUGUUUGUUUUGUUUAAUAAAACGAAUGUGCUAAAAACUAUGAAAUAGGGCUGUCAAACGGUUAAUCGUGAUCAAUCGUAUCCAGAAUAAAAGUUUGUGUUUACACUGAAAAA